AUGAGAGAACGCAGCCAGCAGAGCCUGGGUGGACACGUCCUGUAUGUAGGGUUGUUCCGACAUCCAGGAAUGCUGCACCGGGCCAAGUACAGCCGAUUCAGGAAUGAUUCAAUAACAUCCCUAGAUGAAGGUACGCCAAACACAUCUUUAAAUAUCAAAGGUUCUUCCUCUUCUUCUCAUUCUUCAACACCUAAUUUACUGACGGAAGAUGUCUCCUUGGGGCCACAGGACACCUGCACCACCCUGUGUGCACUGAUCCCCCGGAUGGCGAACAUUAAACUGGCCAACCCAUCGAAUCUGCCGGGGCUGAAAAGCUUCUGUCUAGGAAUGAAAGAGGUGCCACGAAUUAAACUCACAGAGUGCAUUACCAUCCCGAGCAGCCCAACCUCGCCUGAGAUCAGCUGCCUCUCAGCCUCUUAUCCACAGCCCGACCUGGACAAGCUGGCCCUGACCCCAAAGCUGGCGGGCGACUGUGGUGUGCAGGGGGCUGAGGAGGCCUCUCCUGCGGGCAGGCAGGAGAAGAGCCUCGUGCUGAGCGGUGAAGGUGUGGGGGAGCCGGGAACGACCUACGGCGUGCGGUACAUGGGCUGCAUUGAAGUGCUGCAGUCAAUGAGGUCCCUGGACUUUGGCACACGAACGCAAGUCACCAGGGAAGCAAUAAGCCGCCUGUGUGAAGCUGUUUCAGGUACAAAUGGAGCUAUAAAAAAGCGGAAGCCUCCAGUGAAGUUUCUGUCUUCUGUACUUGGCAAAAGUAACCUUCAGUUUUCUGGCAUGAAUAUAAAGCUGACCAUUUCAACAAGCAGCCUCACUUUGAUGAAUGUUGACACGCAGCAGAUUAUUGCCAACCAUCACAUGCAGUCCAUCUCAUUUGCUUCUGGAGGUGACCCAGAUACAACAGACUAUGUUGCAUAUGUAGCAAAGGAUCCUGUUAAUCAGAGAGCAUGCCACAUACUGGAAUGUCCCAAUGGGAUGGCGCAGGAGGUGAUCAACACCAUAGGGCAGGCUUUUGAGCUCCGGUUCAAACAGUACCUGAAGAAUCCAUCUAGCCUGGUUACAUCUAAUGAAAGUGAGGCAGCAAAUGCUAAUGAAUCAGCUGGGAAUUCACGGGAGAGGGAGGAUCAUGAAUAUUACAACGAAAUUCCAGGGAAAGAGCCUCCCACCGGCGGUGUGUUAGACAUGAGAAUGAAGGUGCAAACAGACCAAAGGGCUAACUGUGUGACACAGAGCAAAAAGCAGUAUUGCUUGACAGGCAGCCCUACAUUCAUCAAUAUAUAUGAAAACUGCCCAGAAGAAAACAAAACUGUGGGUAAUUGUGGUGAAAGAUCACAGAAGACAAAAAAAGAGGCAACGUUUCUGAAGCCUGCCUACAAAACAGAUCUUUUUGAUGAUCCGUGCUACAUCAACACGCAGACCCUGCCGUCCGCAGUCUGUACAGCCCGCGGUACAGCAUCGACACAGAUCCAUGGGAGCCCGCUGCGUCAGGCCAGUAAUAAUAAGCAAGUUUUUAAGAUGAUAGGAAAGCUUGGGACUGCACCAUACCUCAAGGCCAAGGGUUGUCCAAGUGCCACAAGCAGCACAGCUGGACUCUCUGUUCUGCCACAAAUAAAGCAACAGCUAAAGAAUGAAGAUUGUUACCAUGGCAAAUUAAACAGGAAAGCAGCAGAGCGCCUCUUAAUCAACGAUGGAGAUUUUCUGGUGCGAGAGAGCACAACGUCACCUGGUCAGUAUGUUCUCAGUGGACUUCAGGGAGGGCAAGCAAAGCAUCUGCUCUUGGUGGAUCCUGAGGGCAAGGUGAGAACCAAAGACCAUAUAUUUGAUAGUGUGGGUCAUCUUAUUCAGUAUCACAUGGAAAAUAAUUUGCCAAUCAUCUCUUCUGGAAGUGAAGUGAGCUUGAAGCAGCCUGUAAGGAAAGAGAGUAAUGUGGGACCCAUGCAAUAUCACAAAUAAUCCCUUGGAUUGUCCCAAGAGAAUUCAUAUCUGAGAACUGUACCAAGAACUUUCUAUUAUGAAGACAAUUCAAAAAAGUAUAGACUGCACUUCUGCUGCUGUUCCAGAAGAUACCCUUUUGUGUGUGUAUGUAUGAAUAUAUGUAUAUGUGUAUAUCUAUGUAGGUCUAUAGAGAUCAACAAGCAUAGUUAUAUAGAUAUAUAUAGUCUUAAUGAAAUUCCACCUUCAGAGUGUGAGAUUGAUUUGUCAGAAGGUAUUUUAGACAUGCACAAAUGUCACUUUCAAGGUCAUACUGAAUCAGUAACUAUUUAAAAGCACAAUUAAACCUCUACAUGCAAAAGCUCACUUGAACGAACUGCUGGAACAUUAGUAUGUGCCUUUUAGCAUAGAAUUAUUGGAAACCAAUAUUAUUUAUACUGAAUUAGUUUUGGGUGGUUAAACAAACAUGUCUAAGCUUUUAACUAUUUGCCAAAACAAAUACAAUUUGAAUACUACUAAAAUGUCAUUACUUUCGAUAGACACUAACAAUUUAAUUUUGCU